UCUUUGUUCAGCAGUUUUUUGCGAAAGAAAACGACCUUUUUCUCAGCUAUUGAGCCGUUUGGUAUUGUUCCUGACAGCUUCCGCUGCCUGACAGCAGCUUAUUUGGUCUCAAGCAUCGACGAUAAAACGAAGUAAACAAAGCACCAUGGCGCUGCAAUACCUCAAAGAAAUAGACGGAGACUUGGCCGAACGCGUCUCUGUUGUCAAGGACAUGGACCUUCGCUUGGUGCUGAUUGAUGCAACCAACGGGGUGGACAAAUUCUGCCAUCUUCAAGGGCUUCAGGAUUCGAGUUUGAGCCAUCCUGCUUUUUACUGUUUCUCCUGUUGGGGAGACACCGGCAGCAGAGGGAAGAAAGUGCAAACUAAUUUGCUGGGGCCAUUCUCAGAAGAGCAUAUGCGCAGCAAAGUGGAGGAGAUUUUUGAAGAGCGGACUGGAUGCAAGAUGGAGAAUCUCAAGGCCGGCGAUCGCGCUCUGCCAGGAAAGUAUUGGUUGCAACAACAAAUUGCCAAAGAGGCCGAAGAGGAAGGGACGUUUCGAUGGGAGUACUAUGUCGAUGACGGAGUGGAUGGUAAGCGCAAAGGGUGGCAUCCGUAUGAAGAUGAAGCCUCAGAGGAGGUUGAAGAGCUCUACUUGCAACAUGUCGCCAACGAAAAGGAGAGUCGAACCGCAACAAGAGUGAUUUCUUCAGGAUACUUCUCUUACAAGGUUGAUUUGCAGCGCAUGACGCAGCAGAACACCAAGACUGGCAAGGUUCGGACCAUUCGACGAACGGCUUCAGCCAAGGCUUCGAAGCCUCUGCCGAAAGGAUCGAAAGUGGCCAAGAAGACCGUGAAGAAGUUGCCUUCGAAGAGGGUGAAGAAGACAGUGUUGAAAAAACCAGCCGAGAAGGCUAUGAAGUCAAGGGUGAAGGCCAUGAAAGCCAAGUUGACCAAGAAAGCCAGUCCGAUUGCUUCAGGAAAGUAUGCGAAAUCAAAGGUGUGGAGUGGGAAAAAAGCAAAGACAUCAACUGGCUUGAAAAAGGCAGACUUGAAGAAGAAUAAGGAGGGAAAACUUGUGAGCAAGAAACAGUCUGAAGCUGGGAGGAAGGCCUUUGCACACGUUGCUUGUUGGAUUGCAGCCUGCAAACAAGCCAGAGCUGAGUUGGGCAUCACCGGCUUUGUUGCAGUGAAGAAGGGCACUCCCUUGUACGAGAAGGCAAAAGCUCUGCACCCAACAGCGAAGCCACACAUCCUUGAGGGGAGGAAGUAGACCAACCUUUGCUGUUUGAAGGCGGCUAUCCCACCGUCGCCUGUGAUGCGCUUGAGAUUUGUGCCAGCUCCUGGAUCCAGGUGCCUCCAAGAUUGUACAGUGCAGGAUCGUAUCGUGGGUUAUACAGGAGACGGCUCAGCCCCACAAAGUGGGAAGGCUGAUGUUUUGUCGCAAGUUGAGAUUUGCUGGUGAGCAGUAUGCAACAUGCUGCUGAUCGGCAUUAAAGUAAGCUCAUCCUGAAAA